GGAUUAAUGCAGCGGUGAGGAACGAACGGGACGGUGACGGGAAACGGAAACAACACAGGAUUUAACGGCGACCGAAUGCAGCGACGGUGAGCUGUAGCUCGCAAAAACCAUCGAUUUAUACAAAAAUAAUAAUAUUACUUCGAGCUAAAAAGGCAUACAUGAACUAGUCGUGCUGUUUUUGGACGGAAAGAUGAUUUCGCCGUGGGACAGAUGGUACACGACCAGCUGCUGCCUGUGUUGUCAUGUACGGACGGGCACCAUUAUCCUGGGCAUCUGGUAUAUGCUCAUCAAUGCGGUAGUAUUGUUAAUCCUGUUGUCGGCUCUCAAUGACCCGGUCCAGUACCACUACCACCUCACCAGCUCCGAACUCGGCACGGAUUUGGACGUCAUGGACGAUGCAAACAUGUGCAUCGCUGCUGCAAUCUCAUUGCUGAUGAUUUUGAUUUGUGGAAUGGCGACCUACGGUGCAUAUAAGCAACAUGCUGCAUGGAUCAUUCCUUUCUUCUGCUACCAGAUCUUUGACUUUGCUCUUAACACACUGGUAGCAAUAAGUGUUGUUGUUUACCCCAACACUAUACAGGACUAUCUUCAGCAGCUGCCUGGGACCUUUCCAUACAAAGAGGACUUGAUGUCCACAAACAACAUGUGCCUAGUAUUAGCAGUGCUUCUCUUUGUUGGAUGCAUCUUAGCCUUUAAGGCUUACCUUAUUGCCUGUGUGUGGAACUGCUACAGAUAUGUCAGUGGAAGAAGCACUACGGAGGUCCUGGUUUAUGUCACCACAAAUGACACUACAGUACUACUUCCACCCUACGAGGAGGCCAUCGCCAUUCCACCGAAGGAUCCUCCUCCCCAGUACGUUUCGGCUUGAGGAUGGCACCCUUCUCUUACUACGCUCCUCCCAAACCUUCUCCAAAGAAACAAUCUCCGUCACAAUAGCCCAUUCCGUUGCCCCGGCCUCCUGUUUGUCGCUGUGUGACGUAAGUCUCCUCUCUCCUCUCCUCUCUGGAGGCAGCAGUAUGACUUUGAGACGCCCUUCCCUCGACAAGGCUGCCCAGCUGUCCUGGCAACCCAACGCUGCGUGUCAGCUCCAAUCUGAUUUGCACUUUCGGCAAUUAUGUGCGGCACUGGCCUUUUUAAUACUGUGAACUUCUCAGUAGUGUUGUCGUCUACUGAUAUACCUGAGAUUUUGAAUGCGGCGUGCAUGAUAAACACGGGAGUUACGUAAGAGCACUUUUCAAACGGGAGUUACCUAGAAAUAUACUGAAUGUAAGAAGCCGGCGUUUUCACUUUAAUUUCGUUGUACUGUACGAAAAUAAAAAGAUGACAAAUUUUUAUUCAGAAUAUAACUAAAUUAGUUGUAAAAAUGAAUGCGAGCAAUUCUACACCAUUUUAUCUAACAAAGUGAAAUCCUUGAAGUCUUCCUUUAUACACAGUGUCCUAAAACAUGAUGCAAUCAUUGAUUAAUAUUCUCUUCAAGUCAAUCAACUAAGUCUAAUCGUUAGUUUUAGAUGGUGUAGAUGUCGCAAAGACCGAAUGAUCCUGCUGCUCGUGAACAGUUACAAAGCUGUAUACACUUAAUAUCCGUGAUAACUUUGGUUUAGAUGUGAAAUCAAGUAGACUUAAAGAUUUUAAAGAUUCUCUUUCAUGCAUCAUAGGGAAUCUGACUUAAAAUUAAAGGACUUGUCACUUGUUGACUUUUAAAAGAGCAAAAAUUUGGAUUGAGUGGACAGAUUCUCCAAGAGCUGCUUGGUUUGGAAGUGACUUCUGUGUGAGCUGUACUUAAUACAUUACUACACUAUUAACUAUUAUACACUAUUACACUAUUAACAGUAUACAAUGGACCUUUUUUUCUAAAACUUCGGUAAUGUGAAUGCAUCUUUAUAGUUAAGGGCACUUAGAAUGGAAGUGAAUUUGGGCCAGUCUGUUAAAAUGGUUAAAAAUUUUAGUAGGGCUUUCCAAUUUGAUUCGAUUCUAUAUUGAUUAUUAUGGACAUAUAUUGAGUACAGUACAUUACAAAUUUUCUCAAGGAAAGAAAAUUUCUAAACUAAUGCUGUAAAAUACACACAUAUAUAUAUAUAUUCUGAAGGUUAAAAUUAACUGAUUUGUAUACAAAUGCUUAAAUCCUACACUCACUUAAGUUUUUAUAAUAAUAAAGUUACAAUUACAUACUUUUAUUUCUACUCCAAUUCGUUUUUGAAAGAUAAAUAUUUAAAUAGUGGCUGUCAUAAAAAACUUGACGGAUUUAUUUAAACAUAAACCCUGAAGAACAGUCAAAAUUAUAUUGAAUAUGUUGUAUGGUGCAAAUAUUUAGCAAAAUGCUCCUUUAGAGUUCAUUUUUCUAUCUGACUAACGAGUUUUGUGGUCACCGAAUAUGUUUUUUUCUGAGGUAAAUGUGACGUCACGUGACGCGUUGUUUAGAAGCUGUUAUAUUGACGUCUUUGCGCGGUUAAAACACUCAUUGAGCAAAUACAUGAGACAGAAUACGGAUUUUGGUAAGUUGCACUCUUUCUUUUAACAUACUUUAGGAUGUUUAUUCAUGUUUAUGUCGUGCUAAAACUGGUAUGAAAAUGGAAAAGAUGAUCAGUUUUACGAGCGCUUUGAACUGAGGCGCUAUGGCAAUCUGUCACACAUUAAUCAGCGCUAAAACGGCAUUUAUUGAUUGAAUAUUGUAAUAAAAUAAACAGAAUUUGAAAUCUGAGACUUCGUCUCAUAUCAAAAGUAACAAAUCACAACGCUUAUUGAGAUUUAUUAGAUGGGAAUGUUCCGUUUAUUAACUGAAGACAGGCUAGACUAAUCGAUUCUUUAACCGAUUUAAGAAACGAUAUCGUUUCGUAAAAAUGAGAAAUAAAAUCGAGAAAUCAAUAUUUUUACCCAGCCCUAGGUUUUAGUGUUAAGAAAUCACAUUAUCACAAUUUUUUUAAUCCCUAAAUUGAGUAUAAAAAUAGCUUAAACUGCUUUACAACUCAAAUAAUACACAGAAAUAUUAAAGUGCUUUCAUAAAAUUAGAAGCUUUACAUUUAUUUUAAACCUUCAAAAAAUGGCCCAUUCACUUCUAUUGUAGCUAUCUUAGUUUUUGCUUCUUUUUGAAAGAAAACAAGGGACCAGACCAUUUUUGUGGUAAUCCACAUUAUGCCACAAAUGCUGUUGACUGAUCAUAACUUUAAGAUUUUAAAUUAGACAGUGCUCAGUGAAUAAAUGAGAGUUAUGGGUGUUAGAAAUUCAUUUUUGUCAUUUGGUGAAGCUACACGCUCUUGUUCGGAGAAGUAGUGUAACUUUUCUGUCAUUAUCACUAGGUUACAAUCUGUGGCUGCAGACUGCAAUGUUUUUGCACAUGUGAAUAUUAUUCAUUCAUGUUAUUGUCUGUGAUGAACGGUGUGUUAAUCAGUAAUUGUGACAAAUGAAAAGUAAACAAUGUGACCCCCAACAGUAGAUUAGUGUUUUAGCUGAGUUCUGAUGACAUGGCAUCUUCCCCCAGUCACCUUCUAGCACAAAGUAGCUUGUUAUUGGGAACAUUUUUCAUUUUUAUAUACAGUGGCUAUGCAAGGGUAUUUUGUAACAUGUAUCCAUAGCUGAAAAUGACUAUAUACUUAACAUUUAUUCAUCAUUGGUAGAGAAGCAUUAAUCAUACUAUUAGAGAUUGAUAGAUGUAGGCAUUUUCUUUUAUUGUUCUGUGCGUAGACUUUCAUCUUCAAUUGAGCAUCUCCGACAACCUCUUCGUAUAAGCAAUGUUUUAAAACGAAACACAAAUUUAAAAAGAAUCUGUGUAUUUUGGUAUCAAUUGUGACCUGUAAGUUUAGCAUAAUAUUUCUCAUUAAAAUGAAGUAAUUAUCACAAAAUGAAUUUUCAGAAACCCAGAACAAUGUCUGUCAGUAGGUAGAAUGCCUGUGAAUGUUUGUCUUUGUCUUGUUACACAUCCUGUAUUGGGUUUACACUGGCUUAUGUCUUAUUUCUAAACAAUAAAAUAUUCCAGUAAUGCUUCA